UUCAAAAAUCCAAUUUUUAACCUGAGCAAAUAUAUCUGGAAACCACAAUUUCUGCUUGUGGUUUUCACCAGAAAAAAAAAUAAAAAAAUCUCAGCGGCAUUUAUCGCCACAUUUGAAAAUGGCAGCAACGUUUUUGAAUAUUGGCGGCUACACUCUAGUCUUCUUAUCAGUCAUAUUGGUCCCACAUGUUCAAGCCAAUGUUGCUAUCUUCGACAACUACUGGACGCAGCGUCAAGGCGAUGCGUUGAAACAAACCAUAGCCUCUUACGACCCUAAUCCGCUUAACGUCACCGACCACUUGAAUUACCAUGUCGCUUUAGCAGUGGACGCCACGGAAUCAACCAACAACACGAGGAGAGAGCUAAUUGGUCUGGAAACGCAAGAGGGAAGUGGAAAAUGCAUAGCUUAUAACCCCAUAGACAAAUGCUGGCGAUGUGACCCUAACUGGGAGGAGAACCGGAAGAAACUAGUGGAGUGCGUCCUCGGAUUCGGCCGGAAAACCACCGGAGGAAAAGACGGGCCUAUCUACGUCGUCAACGACUCCUCAGACGACGAUCUUGUCAACCCUAAGCCAGGUACGUUAAGGCACGCUGUGACCAGAGACGGACCGCUUUGGAUCAUAUUCGCAAACAGCAUGGUCAUAAAGCUUCAACAAGAACUGAUGAUAACGAGCAACAAAACGAUUGAUGGAAGAGGAGCAAGGGUUUAUAUCAUGGAAGGUGCUGGAUUAACGCUGCAGUUUGUGAAUAAUGUGAUCAUAAACAAUAUUUAUGUCAAGCACAUUAUUCCUGGGAACGGUGGCUUGAUCAGAGACUCUGAGGAACAUGUAGGGCUCAGGACAAAAAGUGAUGGUGAUGGAAUCAGUUUGUUUGGGGCGACUAAUGUUUGGAUCGAUCAUGUCUCGAUGACGAGGUGUACAGAUGGUAUGAUCGAUGCUAUUGAAGGAUCAACUGCAGUAACUAUUUCCAACAGCCAUUUCACCGACCACCAAGAGGUGAUGCUUUUUGGGGCGAAAGACGAACACGUGAUUGACAAGAACAUGCAGAUAACAGUAGCGUUUAACCACUUUGGUAAGAGACUGGAACAGAGAAUGCCUCGUUGCAGAUUCGGAACGAUCCAUGUGGUGAACAAUGACUACACACAUUGGGAAAUGUAUGCAAUUGGUGGAAACAUGAACCCUACAAUAAUUAGCCAGGGCAACCGUUUCAUCGCUCCUCCUAACGAACAAGCUAAGGAGGUUACAAAGAGAGAGUACACGUCUUACACUGAUUGGAAAAGUUGGAACUGGCAAUCAGAAGGAGAUUACUUUUUGAAUGGAGCUUAUUUUGUACAAUCCGGAAGACCAAAUGCAUGGAGCCCUAAACCGAAAAACCCUGUCCCAAGCAAGUUUGCCAUUCGACCAAAACCGGGAACAAUGGUGCGUGAACUCACCAUGGACGCAGGAGUACUUGGCUGCGAACCGGGUAAAGCCUGUUGAUUGUCCCCUUCCAACAAACAAACAAAGUUUAUGCUUUGUAUUGCUUGCUGUCCACGAGAAAGGGGAGAAGAGAAGAGGAGAAAGAAAGUAAAAUGAAUUGUUGUUAUAUGAAUGUGUGUUAGUAAUUAAAAGAGUGCAUAUACAAUGAGCAGUUUCAGAUUAUUAUUAUUUUUAUUAGGAUUCAUUUACAUCUCGUCUUGUCCCAUGUGUUGUAAGAAGAGAGAAAUAUUUGAUAUUAUUUUCCUGGGUGUCAGUCAAUAGGCCUUUGUCUGUGCUCAUAAAAAAAAAU